ACGUGACCGGCAGAUCACAUUUCGAAGACGAUUCAUCUGGAAACUUCUGGAUAAGGUCACCCUAAAAUUUAGAGAAGGUCUACAUUGAAGGUGGCAACCAUGGUGUUGAUUCUAGGAAGAAGGAUGAACAGGGAGGACUCUGGGAUCAGAGACUCACCAGCUGUCAAACGCAAGGUGUUUGAGGUUGACUCCAAAACUAUAGCCACCCAGGAUGUCUUAGAUUUCUGCUCCGGUGCAUCCCACUCUGAGGGUAUCCUGCAGGUAUUCAAUGAGUUUCGAGACUGCCGUCUUUUCACCGAUGUUGUUAUCAGCGUCCAGGGCAGAGAGUUCCCUUGCCAUCGCGCUGUCCUCUCUGCCUGCUCUUCCUACUUCAGAGCCAUGUUCUGCAAUGAUCACCGUGAGAGCCGUGAGAUGCUGGUUGAGAUUAAUGGCAUCCUGGCAGAGGCAAUGGACUCCUUCCUCACUUACGUCUACACUGGACGUGCCAAAAUCACCACAGAGAAUGUCCAGUUCCUCUUUGAGACCUCCAGCCUCUUCCAGAUCUACACGCUGAGAGAUGCCUGUGCCAAGUUCCUGGAGGACCAACUUGACCCAUGCAACUGCCUGGGCAUACAGCGCUUUGCAGACGCCCAUUCCCUAAAGCAGCUGGCCAGCCGCUGCCGAAGCUAUGCCAUGGCCAACUUCUCAGAGGUGUCUCAGCACGAGGAGUUCCUUGACCUGCGCAAGGAAGAGCUGGAGGAGUACACUGCCAGCGAUGAGCUGUCUAUCGGUAAGGAGGAGGUCGUGUUUGAGGCAGUGAUGAGAUGGGUGUAUCACAGUGUGGAGCAGAGAAAGCCCAUGUUGAAGGCUCUGCUGCACCAUGUGCGCCUGCCCCUUCUGCACCCCAACUACUUUGUCCAGACUGUGGAGGGCGACCAGCUCAUCCAGAAUGCUCCAGAGUGCUACCAGCUUCUGCACGAGGCCAGACGCUACCAUGUGCUUGGAAAUGAAAUGAUGUCACCCAGAACUCGUCCACGCAGGUCCACUGGUUUCUCUGAGGUGAUUGUGGUAGUGGGGGGCUGUGAGAGAGUGGGGGGCUUCAACCUGCCCUACACUGAGUGCUAUGAUCCAGUCACUGGGGAGUGGAAAUCACUAGCCAAACUGCCUGAAUUCACCAAGUCUGAGUAUGCUGUCUGUGCCCUCCGCAAUGACAUCCUGGUAUCAGGUGGGCGUAUAAACAGCAGAGACGUGUGGAUGUACAACUCCCAGCUGAACCUGUGGAUCAGAGUGGCUUCACUCAACAAAGGUCGCUGGAGACACAAGAUGGGCGUCCUGCUGGGCAAGGUAUAUGCUGUAGGUGGCUACGAUGGCCAGAGCCGCCUGAGCAGUGUGGAGUGCUACGACUCCUUUUCCAACCGCUGGACAGAGGUGGCCCCCAUGAAAGAGGCGGUCAGCUCUCCAGCCGUGGCAAGCUGUGCUGGCAAGCUCUUCGUCAUAGGGGGAGGGCCAGAUGAUGACACCUGUUCAGACAAGGUUCAGUGCUAUGAUCCAGAGACAGACUCCUGGUUACUGCGAGCCAACAUCCCUAUCGCCAAGCGUUGUAUCACAGCAGUGUCCCUCAAUAACCUGGUCUAUGUGUGCGGUGGUCUCACCAAGUCCAUAUUCUGCUACGACCCUGCAGAGGACUACUGGAUCCAUGUGACUCACACCUUUAACAAGCAGGAGAGUUGUGGCAUGUCAGUGUGCAACGGUAAGAUCUUCAUCCUCGGUGGAAGAGGAGAAAAUGGCGAAGCAACAGACACAAUCCUGUGCUACGACCCUGCAACAGGCAUCAUCACAGGAGUGGCAGCCAUGCCGCGGCCGAUCUCCUACCAUGGCUGUGUAACCAUCCACCGCUACAACGACAAAUACCACAGGCUCUGACCACAAACCAACACACAGACCACACACUUUCUCUCACAUCGGAGCACUCACUAAAGAACUGAAACUCUUAAAACCGUAUCCUCUUUCAGUUCAUCCUCAUGCACAGCAUAAACACACACUUCUUUCAAAAGAGUACCGUCAAACUAAUUUAUUUUCCCUCAGCAUCAUGUAGCAAUACUCACUGUGGUUCCCAGAAUCCAUUUCUGUUCUGUGCUAUAGUAAAGCCUCACUGUUGAAAUGUUAAGCAGUUGCUGAGAACUUGUCCAUGACUACGGCUGAAGUGAAAUCAGACCAAUUGUGCCUCACAUGGGUAAUGACUGCACAAGGUUAGGGGGUAAAGGACCAAAAAUGAAAAUCCUAGGAUUAUUGUGGUCAUUAAUUUGACAUGCAGGAUUUCUGCUUGAAGUACCAAAAGCAAAUACUUUAUCAAUAACAUUACAGGACAGUUCAUAGUAAUUAAAGUUUGGAAAUUAACUCUGAAAUCAAGAUAACAUACAAGUGUAUCCCACUGAAUGAUGCUGCAUCUGUGCGGUGAAGGUGGCAGGGGAACCCUAUUUAUUUAAGGUUAUAUGAAUUUUAUCCUUUGUCCUUUAAAGUGGGUUUCUCCCUCCCAUUCGUUAAUCUCAUCACUCAUGGAUACCUACGCCUCUACUCUUAUAAUACAGUACAUUUCCGCUCUUUAGACAGUAUUCAUCAGCAAUACUUUUUUAUAAAGACGUUCUAAUACAGCUAUAUUAUUCUUUGAAAUGUUUAACUUAAGAUUUUAUCAUCACAACAGGCAGUCCACUUGUAUUGAGGUGAAUUUUGAAUUCAGCACUACCAGCACUUGAAAAAAGUCAGCAAUGGACACAGGCCUAUAAGGAAGAAAAUGGGAGGAGAAAGGAGGAGGAGAAAUCAGAUUAAACUUCCGUUUAGGGUUAAGGUUACGAUACCAAAAGUUAAAAACCUGACCUGCAAAACCUUAUUAGAAAACGUUUGAUUAGACAAGAAAACAGUCUGCCUACAGAAAAAAAGCUUGUCCUCUAUGAAAAUAUUCUAAACAUAGUUCAUGUAGCUAUGUUAGCUGCAAAAGCUACAUAGAUAACAAAGCUAUGCAGCUCUGUUUUCUAUGUAGCUAUCGUGGCUGAAGCUAAGCUCACCAGCGGCUAGCUACGUAGCUAGGUUAUCUGCAUAGCUAUGUUAGCUUUAGCCAUGUUUACUAAAGCUUACGAUGCUAAAGCUAACUUAGCUACAUUGGCUCAUGUGAUAAUGUUAAUCACAUAGCUAGCUUAGCUAUGUUAGCUUUAGCUAAAGCUCAUGAAGCUUAAGCAAGCUACCUUUAGCUUGUACUAGCAAACUAUGACACUUCCACUCUGACAGAGAUGUCGUCUCAAAAGAACAGUCUGUGAAAGUAGCUGUCAGAGAUUUACUGUGUGCAGCCAGACUGUCCUGCAAUUACAAGGGACUUACCAGCAGACAUCUCUUUUACAGUCUCUUAUACUCUCUUUUGUGGAUGGGAUUUAUACAAUACAAAGAUACAACAAGAUAUAUGGUUUACAUAUGUACUUGAGUGGUUGUACAAAUACCUGGGUGGCCUAUGUUUAGGGAACACAUACUUUUGCAGCCCUUUCAACCACAUCACAACAGUUACACCACAGCAAGUCCCAUUUGCUUCCAGUCAUUAAUGAAAAUUAAACAGAAACCCUCUUUCCUAAGAUUAAGUGUUUAAAAGACAAUUGAGUAUAGAGGAUCUUCAAAAAUGAACAAUUUAGAGAUUAAAAAAUACUUAUUGCACCACAAGAAUAAAUAGUCCUUUUAUUUUAAUUUAGUGUUCAUAAAAAUCAGGUUAUCAGACAUGAAAAGAACUUCCUAACAUUGUGCCUUCAUUGUUGUUUAAUUUAACCUUCCCUGAGUCUAGAUUGCUGAUGAGCUGAAAUGAUCACACACAGUGCUGAUGAACAAAAGCAAUGCCUUAAGACAAACUUUUAAAAAAUGCCCAUGCAAAAAUGAGCCAGCAAUGAUCUGCCAAAAGAAUAAAACAACAAAAAUAUUGAAUAUAUACAUUGAAAUAUCUUUGUACAGUCCUCUAUUAACUGUCUUUACUGAUAUAGAAAUGGACUUGAUGAUAAAGUGGUUAACAGUCAGACAGCUGCUCCUCCACAGAAUCAGAGGUCAUAAGUACAAACUUCUUGCGACUGUUGACCCAGAGCAAAGCUAUCAGAAGAGACACAAACGGAGGCUGUACCAAAAUAUUGGAACAUAGCUACUGCACUCUUUAACUUCCCCUUUAUAUCACCUGCUUCCACUUCCUGUGUGUGUUUCCUUUUUCCCUGCUCCAGCUGUGCCAUCACAUCACACAUCCUUUCCACAAUGAACUCUCCUUUUUAAGCUUUACUUUGCUCCAUUAUCAUUAUUUUUUUUUUAUUACACUCAUUACUGACAUUUUUUUAUUUUUAAGUUAUACUUGUUUGUAUUUUUAUAACUGAAUGUUUACUGUAUUAUACCUUGCUUCAGUGUGUCUGUUUUUUUUAUAGAUAAUAGUUCAUUAGUGUUCUGGGCUUGUGGGUGGUUUUGGUAGAUGUGAGAAGCCUUUGCAGAUCAAACUCGAAGACUGCUCUGAAUUAGCUGUGUGCAUGUUUGGUAUGUAUGUAUGUAUGCAUGUGUGACUUUUACGACUUGGUAUGGAUGUUGGAGCCAAGGAGGUUUAUCAGUUCUAGUGUAGGCGUUGCUUUACUGCAAACUUCUGUCAACAGAACCUUUUCCACUGAGUGUAGCACCUCUCACUUGUGCACUACAUGUAAACGAGUCACUCGGGGUAACCAUAGAAACCUCCAAGUGUGUCUGAGUGUAUACAUGUUUACUGGCGUGUGUAGCAGUGCUAUAUAACGCUUAGGUUCUGAAUGACAAAGAUUUUGGAUGCUGUGGCUCAUGGUCAGUAAAAGUCACCUUCUACUACAUUAGGUGUUAAUAGACUAGAGAUAUUGCUGUGAAUAUAACUUUAAUAUGUUUUCUUUGUGUAUUUAAAUGUUUUUCUUUCAGUUGCAUACUGUGUUUUCUGUAACUGAGAGCCCCAAUUGUGCACUUUGACAGAAUCCUGUUAAAUGUAGAACUAAAUGGUAAUAAUAUCCUGUUUUUUUUACUGUAUCAGUAAAUGUUCUUUGCUUUCAUGUGACGUAUGAAAGAGACACUUAAAGGGCCUGUCAGCUGCUCCUGUUUUGGUCACUACCUGCAUUGGGUCUAAAAUUCAAACAAAAGCUACAAGAAAACAAUGUAAAGAGAAGAAAGCAGAGGAUAAGGGAGUUUCUCGUGCUCAUUUGUGGGGCAGCUUUGCAAAGAUAGCGCUUCUGUCUGUCAGCCACCCUGACAAAAACAGGUAGUGGGAUUUCAGCUUAAACCAUCAUCCUUUUAAGACAGUUUCUUAGAAGGAUAAGGUCAGGGUCAGGUUUUCUAGUAGUUCAAGCUUGAAAGAAAACAACCUCAGGCCCACCAACACUCCAGAUGAGCAUACUUUGGGUAACUCAGGAGGCCAACAAGAGGAGGCAAACAGACAAGAAGGUUUUAAGUCAAAGGGCAGGAGUAAGACAAAGAGAGAGAGAAUGUGAGUGUGUGCGUCUGUGAUUUCACUGAGUAUUUACACAAAACUUUGUCUUGUAAUGUUUUUUUUUUUAUUAUUUUAUUAUUAUCUCUGCAUUGUUUACUUGGAUAAGAUUGUACUUGUUGCCUUUUUUUCUUUGCUUGUGGUGAGUUGAGGGACUGUUUGUCGCUAGCAUAUUUUGACUCCCAACUGCAAAUAGUGUGCCUUAUAUUACACUCAAAAGAGGUGAGAGUUGAAACCCGACUGAUGGAUUUGAAAAGGAAUGCAGACAUAAGCCAAAGUGGAUUUGCUUUUAAUCCCAAAGGUGACUUUGUUGAGAAAUGUCCAUGGAUUUAAAAAUGGGAGCUUUAACCUGUUCAUUGCAGAAUGCUGACCUAAGUGCCCCAUGAAAAGAGUGGGAAAUUGAAUCAGUUUGAUGUAAACUUUUCUUAUUGUGUGUAUGAUGUGAUACAUUAACUCCAUUUUCUCCUUAGAUGAUCUUUGCCUUACUGCGAGAAAUCUUUGGAUUUUUAUAAACUGCAGUAUGUUGAAAUGUAAUGGUUGACUUUACGUAAAAGAAAAAUCAAUAAAGAUUUUCUUUCUG